UAUUAUUAACAAUAAUAUUCAUAAACUAACUCAUAUAAAAUCCAAUCUAAACCAGAAAACUUAUUUAAUCCCGUAAAAAAGGAGAUAUUAUAAGUAAUGCUAAAUAAGGUGAAUACACUUAUUUUGCUUUUGAAAGAGAAUGGCCUGGUACAGUUUGUAAAAUAAGAUAAUGUAAACCCUAAUAUAUGGGCUAGUUUGAUAGUUAAAAUUUUAAUAUACAUGGAUUAUGGCCUAAUGGUUCUUAAACUGAUAAUUGCUUUUAUCCUUAAAAAUGCGGUUCUGAAUCUUUAGAUUUAAAAAAAGUAAAUUCAUCUUCAAGAGCUUAAAUAAAUAAAUAUUGGAAUGGUCUUUAUAAUGAUAAUAAUACUUUCCUUUCUCAUGAAUGGUCUAAGCAUGGAACAUGUUUUGAUGGAGAUAUGAAUACUUUCUUUAGUUCAGCUGUUAAAUUAAAUGAUAGAUAUAAUCCUAUUAAAGCUUUGGCUUAGGCUAACAUUGUACCUAAUAAUAAAUAAGGAUAUAGUCUUGAAUCUAUUUUAAAUGCACUUUAAUAAGAUUUUGGAGCUGAAGUAGAAGUUAUUUGUAGAAAAGUAAAAGAAUAAUAAUUACUUUUUGCUAUUGAUAUGUAUCUUAAUAAAAAUUUAAAAGGAGCUAUUAAAAAUCCUUGUAGAAAAAAAAGAAAUAAUUGUAAUUAUUAAGAGAUUGUAUAUAUUCCAACUUGUUGAUUUUUAGGUAUAUUAAUUUUAUUUGUUUAAAAAUUAAUUAAAUUUGUUCAAAAAAUAUUAUAAA